AUGGGUAACUGUAACGCCUGUGUGAGGCCUAAAUCGGAAGACUCGAAACCGACCCAGAAGCCAAAAAAGAACAAUCGCGACCGGAAAUUGAACCCAUUCGCCGGAGAUUUCGUCAGAUCCUCCCCCGCGCGGGUACGCGUUCUCAAGGAUGUAAUCCCUACGAGCCAUCAGACUCGGAUCAGCGACAAAUACAUCCUAGGGCGAGAAUUGGGACGCGGCGAAUUCGGAAUCACUUACCUCUGCACUGACCGGGAAACCCAGGAAGCCCUAGCCUGCAAAUCGAUUUCGAAGCGGAAGCUCCGGACAGCCGUCGAUGUCGAGGACGUCCGUCGCGAGGUCGCGAUCAUGUCCACUUUACCUGAGCACCCGAACGUAGUGAAGCUCAAGGCGAGUUACGAGGACAACGAGAACGUGCAUCUGGUGAUGGAGCUCUGCGAAGGCGGCGAGCUUUUCGAUCGGAUCGUCGCGAGAGGGCAUUACACCGAGCGUGCCGCCGCAGCCGUCGCGAGAACAAUCGCCGAGGUCGUGAUGAUGUGUCACACCAAUGGAGUCAUGCAUCGAGAUUUGAAACCUGAGAAUUUCUUGUUCGCCAACAAAAAGGAGAAUUCUGCUCUAAAGGCCAUUGAUUUCGGCUUGUCUGUGUUCUUCAAACCUGGAGAUAAGUUUACAGAGAUUGUAGGAAGUCCAUACUAUAUGGCUCCUGAGGUGUUGAAGAGAGAUUAUGGACCAGAGGUUGAUGUGUGGAGCGCUGGAGUUAUCAUCUACAUCUUGCUCUGUGGUGUUCCUCCGUUUUGGGCUGAGACUGAGCAAGGAGUUGCUCUUGCAAUCUUGAGGGGAUAUAUUGAUUUUAAGAGAGACCCUUGGCCUCAGAUUUCAGAGAGCGCCAAGAGUCUUGUGAAGCAGAUGUUGGAUCCUGACCCGGCUAAGAGAUUAACUGCUCAGCAAGUGCUAGCUCACCCAUGGGUACAGAAUGCAAAGAAAGCUCCAAAUGUUCCUUUAGGGGAUAUAGUCAGAUCGAGGUUGAAGCAGUUCUCUAUGAUGAAUAGAUUCAAAAAGAAGGUUCUUCGUGUAAUCGCGGAGCACUUGUCUAUUCAAGAGGUUGAAGUGAUCAAGGACAUGUUCACACUGAUGGAUGAUGACAACGAUGGUAAAAUAACUUACCUGGAGCUCAAAGCAGGACUUCAGAAGGUUGGCUCACAACUUGGCGAACCAGAAAUCAAAAUGUUGAUGGAAGUGGCGGAUGUUGAUGGGAAUGGGUUUCUGGAUUAUGGAGAGUUUGUAGCUGUGAUAAUUCACUUGCAGAAGAUAGAGAACGAUGAACUUUUCAAACUAGCUUUUAUGUUCUUUGACAAAGAUGGAAGUACAUUCAUCGAGCUUGAUGAGCUACGGGAAGCUUUAGCUGACGAGUUAGGCGAGCCAGAUGUCAGUGUUCUAAACGACAUCAUGCGUGAAGUUGACUCAGACAAGGACGGGCGUAUAAACUAUGAUGAGUUUGUGACGAUGAUGAAAGCUGGAACCGAUUGGAGAAAGGCGUCGAGGCAAUAUUCAAGAGAGAGGUUCAAAAGCUUAAGCAUUAACUUGAUGAAAGAUGGGUCAUUGCAUUUACAUGACGCUCUCACUGGACAAUCUGUUCCUGUUUGA